CCAUCAGGAAUCCCGCAGCGGCGACCAGAGUCCACUUCGGGAGGACACACCGGGCUGGGCUUGCGGGGCUGGCCUUGGUCACCGACAUCGGGCUGCGCGCAGAGCGAACGCCAGGGAGAGGGGCAGAAGCGAGGCUCGGGCCAUGGCUUGGCCCCUCGGCGCCGCGGGACCAGGCGUCGCGCUGCUCUUGAGCUGUGUAAUCAUUGGAGAUGGUCUUCAUGUGGAGAUUCUUGGUGGCAAAGAUAAUCAACUAUUCAAGAAGGACCAUGUAAUUAGACAAAAGCGAGAAUGGAUUGUCCCUCCUGCAGUCAUCUGGGAAGAGAUAGACAAUUCCAACAAAAAUCCCAUAGCCAAAAUACAAUCUGAUUAUGAAGCCAAUAUGACUAUUACUUAUGCCAUUACUGGCCAAGGAGUCACAGAACCACCAUAUAAACUGUUUGUGAUCAAUGGAAAAACGGGAGAACUGAAUAUUACUGGAAUAGUUGAUAGGGAGAAAACACCAUUUUUACAUCUGAGAGGUUAUGCAAUGAAUGCGCAAGGUGUCAAUGUGGAAAAGCCAUUAGACCUGAGAAUUAAAGUCCUGGACGUUAAUGACAAUAGUCCAGUGUUUUCACAGGAAGUUUUUUCUGGUUCUGUUGAAGAAUUGUGUGCUGCAGGUACUCUGGUCCUGAGGAUAAUUGCAACUGAUGCAGAUGAACCAAAUAACCUCAACUCCAAAAUUGCUUACAAGAUCGUUUCACAACAACCGAGUUUUCCUGCUUCCAUAUUUCAAAUUCACAAAGAAACAGGAGAGGUUCACACUACAGUGUUCCAGCUUGACAGAGAGACACAAAGUAACUACUCCUUAAUUGUGGAAGCAAAAGACUAUAAUGGGCAGUCAAGGGGGAUGAGUCAACAGACAACUGUACAGAUCAAGAUUCUGGAUGUCAAUGACAAUGUUCCUGUUUUUGAAAAAGCUGUGUAUGAAGGAAGUGUUAAAGAAAACACAGCAAAUGUGGAAAUUAUGCGACUGAAGGUCUUCGACAGAGAUGAAAAAUUCACCGAUAACUGGCUGGCAAAAUUCAUGAUUUUGUCUGGCAAUGAAGGAGGCUAUUUCCACAUAGAAACAGAUUCACAAACCAAUGAAGGAAUUUUGACACUGAUUAAGGAAAUUAAUUAUGAAGAAUUGCAGACAAUGGACUUGAAAAUUGUGGUUUCUAACAAAGCAGCAUAUCACCAAUCCAUUAUUAGCCAGGGCUACCAAGCAAAACCUAUUCCAGUUAAGAUUAAUGUAGAAGAUGUGAAGGAAGGCCCCAUAUUUAAGCCCCAAACACUGGUGAUUAAAGUAAGCGAAACAAUGAAAUUGAACCAGAUUAUUGGAAGUUACCAAGCUUAUGAUGAAGAUACUGGAAAAAUAGCAGAACACAUCAGGUAUGCCAAAUAUCAAGAUGUUGGAAACUGGUUUUCAAUAGACUCUAAAACUGCUGAAAUCAAACUUAUUAAAGUGCCUGACUACGAAUCAUCAUUUGUUGUCAAUGGGACUUAUACUGCAUUGAUUGUGGCAAUAACUGAGGACUUCCCUUCAAAAACAGUUACAGGUACCAUUAAUAUUCAAGUGGAGGAUGUUAAUGAUAACUGCCCAACUCUUACAACUCGAGAGACAACUGUCUGUACAGAUGCAAAGUUCAUUAACAUCACUGCUGAGGAUAAAGAUGCUCAUCCAAAUGGUGGCCCUUUCACUUUCUCUAUCAUAAAUGAGCCUGAAAAGAUGACGGACAAAUGGAUAAUUGGGCAAGUAGACGGAUUUAGAGCACAGGUUGUACCACAGACUAUAAAGCCUGGCUUCUACGAAGUUCCACUCCUAGUGAGAGAUAACCAAGGCCUCAGCUGUACUGAACCGCAAAUCCUAAAGGUGCACGUGUGUGAAUGCGUAGAGGGUGUUGGUUGCCGCGAGAGCAUCGUCAGUUCCUCAGUCAUGCUAGGACCUGCAGCAAUUGCACUGAUGAUUCUGGCACUUUUGUUGCUGCUGCUUUUGCCUCUUUUACUGUUGGCAUGUCACUUUGGAUCAGGCGCUGCAAAAGGCUUUGCAACAAUUCCUGAUAACAGUGAAGAAAUGUUGCGCGCCUGGAACAGCGAAGGGGCAGCACCUGAAGACAAGUUAGGCCUCAGCUUCACUGCUUCUCCUGCAUCGGACAACACCGGCUCAAACAUGGGAGUUGGAGCAGCAGUGACAGAUGGAGCAGCCUGCAAAUCGGCGGGUGCCAGCGGCUCUUAUUCCAUGACUAAAGAACACUGCAAGUUUGUGGAUGGGCAGUGGAAAGAGACACAGCAUCUUCUUUCUAGUGCCACUCUUGGAGGCAAGGGGGCGGGAGGGGGGUUGGGCAUGAGCGCAGGAGGCGGCAUGGUCGAAGGACGGGCCACAAUCACGGCUGGCAGAAGAAGCAUGCUGAUGGAAAGCGGGGGCGCCAUGACUGAAGAAUUCUUAAGGAGUUACUUCUGUGAUAAAGCUGAUGCUUUUGCUGAUGAGGAUGAAGCACAUCUUGCAAAAGAUUGCCUACUAGUUUACUCUCAGGAUGAAGAAAAAGAUUCUCUCCAUGGCUCUGUUGGCUGCUGCAGCUUUAUUGAGGGUGACUUUGAUGACCAUUUCCUGGAUGACUUGGGUGACAAAUUUAAGACUCUGGCAGAGAUUUGCUUGGGCAAACGUAUAGUCACGGAAGUUGGACAGCACAGCUCUCUAAACCGUAAAGACGCUAGUCCUAAUUCUGCAGUGAAUGAAUCAGAUGCACAGUACUUACAUCAGCAGAACAUCUCCAGUUCCCAACUCACUUAUACUUCAGGCCCAGGCUACCAAGUACCUGAAACUAUAAGAGGUUUAGGUUCCGAGGCUGUCACCAAGGUGUCAGUAAGAGCUAUUCCUGACCCUGUGGUUAGUAGCAGCAGUGGUAUAGUGACAGAGGCCUCUUAUGAGGCAAGACCCUCAACAGAAAUCCUUAACUCUCAGUUUAAGGAGAAUGUGGUAGUGACAGAGAGGGUACUUGCCCCAACUUCUGACUGGCACGAUAUGCUAGACAGUUCUGAUCAAGGUUUCCCAGACCUCUCAGAUUCAAAGUACGUCCUUAUCAGAGAAAGGGAGAGGGUCCUUGUACCCAGCUCUGAUCUAAAGGCUUCCUUAAGCAUCCCCAAUUUAUCAGAUGGAAAGAAUGUUGUAGUAACUGAGAGGGUGCUGGCUCCCACCACUGGGAUGAGGAGCACAGCAGAAGCAGCUACUUAUUCUGACACUGAUAAACAGGAGAAGAUCCUUAUCUCUGACCCUUUCUUUAAGCAAGAUGGCCCACAGGAAGCCCUUUCCUCUGGGUCUACCAUUAGCAAGUCUUCAACAGUAAAACAGUACAGCUCUGUGCAGUACACACACUCGUAGGUGGUGUGUUCUCACCACCAACCCUUUGUAUUUUACGUUGACCACUGAAAGGGUUGAAGCAAAGAUGAGCAGCCAGCAGCCCUAGGAGAGCAUGUAGCCCUCAGCUAAUUUCACAAGUCCUUUGCCUACAAUCUACUCAGGCUUCUGAGAAGAGGGAUCUGUCCCUUCUCUGGAAUCCCUCUGUAGAGGUUACACAUGUACUUUUGGUUCUUGCCCUGCUUACAUGCCAACAUGCUGCCCCAGACCAAAACAAGUUACCCACUCCUGGAUUAACUAAUGGCUUUCUCAAGGAUGGCUAUAUCUGCUUUCCUCACAGUAGUCUCUAUAACAGAAAGCUCCAUAACAACCAAAGAAAGUAUUUCAACCCUAAACACACUUACUAAGGAGUAAGGCCCAUUGAACAUAGCAAUACUUAUUUCUGUGUUAUAUUUCCUAGGAUUGUACAGUUCUUUUUAAAAAAAAGUACUACAAGGCACUACUCAAGCUGUGGAGCUGUAAACCAUGUUCAGUUGAUUCAGCUCAUUAUACAGCAAACUUUAAAUUGCUAUUCUUCACUAACCUGUAAUGUGGUUCUUUAAUGUGUUGUUUCAGAAUUAAAUUUCAAUGAGUUUAUUAGAGUUAUUCCCCAGUAAGUGUGUUUGGCAUUGUAGCCCAAGGCCAUUGUAUUCUAAUCCAACAAUGAAACAUAUUGCCUUCAAAGUUAAUUUUUUUCACAGUGCAGUUUUAAGCAUGUUUGUUCAGAAGUAAAUCCCAAUGCGUUCAAUGGGACUUACUGCCUACUAAGUGUUUUCUGGAGUGCAACUUUAAGGCUGUUUUAACAGGCUAUUUAAUGGCAGUAGAAAAUAUGCAUGCUACUUAAAAAGAGUAUCUCACUUCAUUUCUAGUGCUUUAAAAAAACAAAAAAAUGCUCCCACAGAUUUUCACAUGCCUAAACACAAAGAUAAAUUUUAAAAGAGGUGGAGUGAACAUGAGAAUCCAGUCUAAUCUUGUUUCACAUAUUUGUUACCCACUUCAAAGAUAAGCUUGAUUUAUCUGUAUGCAAAUAUUUUGGAAACAUUGUAUUUGAACAGGCUAUCACAUCAUUUCUGAGAGUAUCUGAAACAGCAGUAAGUAUUACAAAGGACAGGUAGAAUUGCAACAAAAUGCAGCAGUGUGCAGUGUGUGCAGAGGAGGCUGAACUGAACAAAUCUGGAGUUCCAUCUAGGUGAGUCUUGUAUUCAUAACAGAUACAGGACUCCUUUUGCCAUAUGCAUAUCUAGCUUCAGUCGCUUGUGCAGAGCACCACAAAACUUGAAUUAUAAACUUAAAUUAGAUUUUUGAAUCUGAUAUGAGCACAAGACUUCCAUUAUAUCCAUAGAACUACCAAAGGUUCAGGGCUACCCUCCUUCAUUUCAGUGGAGGUAUAUGAGCUGUAUGUUCAUCUGUGAAUGCAUAUUGGCUUCAUCCAUUAAAAUACAUGGAAAACUCACAUACAUGAAAACAUCCUGUGUGAGCAUCUCCAGGCUGCCUUAGAGUUGCAUUUUUCACAGGACGUCAAGCAGUACUUCAGUAUAGUGGGGUAUAGUGGAAAGAAUAUAGGACUUGGACAAUGACGAACUGGGUUCAAACUCCUAUCCAACUCAUCAGGCAAGGUUCUCUGACCAUAUUUAGUGGGCUAGAGGGGCUCCUGGGGAUAAGAGGGUGAGAAAGUUCGCUUCUGCUACCCCAAUUGCACAGGCCUACAGCAGGAUCCAUCAUACGCUUUUUAUGGUUUGCAUCAUACAUUUUGUAAAGGCUUUGGGCUGCUAAGUGUGAUAACUCCAGCUAGCCACUUUCCCUCUUUCCUUUUGUAUAUAACAUGCCUACUUGAACAUAUCAGGAUAAAUGCAUUCUGACUCUUGGACAGCACUUGUUGGUCACAGUCCCACGGGCUGCCUAUAACACUCUGAUUUUAGAGGAUUGCAGGCAUGCUGUGCGGAGUGGGAGCGGAACAGCUUUCCCACUCCACAGCCAAUUUUGGCUAAGUGCGGCAUGUUGGAGCAGGAGAAGCACAGGCUGAGGCACCACCAUGGAUCCAUUAUAUCUUGGUGGCAUCUACCCGAACCCCACCAUUUCUGCCUCCCUUCUCCAAGGUCACCCUUAGAGCCUCAGAGAAACAGCCAAAGCAGUUAUUUUUAUGUGGGCUGUGAAGUAGGAAAGGCACCCCAAGUGCAGAUCCCCAGUGCUGAAGAUGCAGCUUUUUUCUGACCCUGUUACUGCAAAUCCACACUGUCCCAUGACCUUCUGAGUGCUGCAGAGUGGGCAUAAGAUAACAUUGUAAAUAUGUUCUACUUUUUGGACAAAACUGGCAUUUAAGAGCAUCUUAAUGGCAAAAAGGACAUCAGGCAUACUGUUUUUUAAUGCAGUUAUGUGGUAGGUGGUUAUAAGAGGUACAAAUGCAUACUGAUACAAAACCACAAGGGAUUUACAGAUAAUCCCUAUUCUUCCCAUCUGGAAUAGGGAUAUAACCUUUUCGACUGGGCAAUACAGUUUUCAGGGUCUUUAGCAUAGUAGUAUUGUUUAUGUUUUGCACUGAUUUGAUAUUAGAAGAACAGACGGGUUCUGGUGUAAUUUU